CAGCACUCACAUGCCCGGUGUCUCGUUGUGUGCUGUUGCUGGUACUGCCGCUGCCUCUGCGCUGCCCGCCUCGUUUUUGUUUUCUUUUGUUCUGACCCUUUCGCGUUCUCUUCAGCCCGAGAGUAAAUGCAGUGCAAUCCGAACAAGUGAAACGACUGGCUGAGCGAGCGGUGCCAGAGUCGACGACGGACAGUUGGCGAGCCGAGAGCGCGCGAGAGAGACCUGACAGUGAACUCAUAAAUACGCCGCAGUUGUUGAGCUGCGCGAGUGUGACCUAUAUACCUGCCGUCCUUGGAGCGAGGGACGCGUGAGUGUUUGUGUGUGUUUCGGUGCAUUCGCAGACUUCACAGCAGCUCGUUGUGAACGUCACUGUUGCGGUGACGCCGUUUCGAGAAAGGAGUCGUCGUGACGCACCCAGGACGGUGUCGGCGACCUGCGCGGAGAGGGAGUGUGUAGGAAGGGGCGCGAAUGUCCACGGCGGCACCGACCCCCCGCAGACAGCAGUGAUGCCCGUGCCCGCCGCUCGCAACCUGCCCUCGCCCACCGACCCGCAGUCCUUCUUCCACUAUCCGCCGUCGGCCCCGGACAAGACCUCGCCCGUGGCCGCGCCGCCGGAGAAGGCGAAGGGCCGCGAUGACGUGUCGGUGACCACGCUGCCUCCUAGCCCCAUCGUGCAUCCGUACACCUCGUGCCCGUCGCCCAUCUUCCAGCUGGAGUUCCCGCACGACCUGGAGUGCCUGACGCCCAGCCCGGACCCGAGUCGCUCCGCUACUCCCGACGGGUUCCGCCACUUCCUGCAGGUGUCUCUCUCCAGGUCUCCCUCCCCAAGCCUCCCCUUCCCUCCCCCGCCGUCCUCCAGGUCCCCGUCCCCAGGCCUCCCCUUCCCUCCCCCGCCGACCUCCAGGUCCCCGUCCCCGACCAACCUAGGCCUUCCUUCGCCCGGGGACGCCCACGGCCGGGACUCGGCCUGGUCUCCCUGGUCGUGGGCCAUCAAGCAGCCCCCCCCGGCUGCCGACUGCCAGUCCCCACCCAGCUACGCCCACUCCCAAGGCACUUCCACCUCCACUUCCUGCCGUGCCUCCACUCUUUCUCCCGACACGUCCUUAUCCACCUCCACCUCGGCCUCCAACAACACCUCCGCUGGCUCCAGCAACCCCUACAGGAGCGAGAUCCACACCUCCUCCUACCACACGUGCACCUCCUCGUCCGCCUCGCAGGCCCUCGAGCCCGCUCCUUUUUCCUGUGGCUCCGCAUCCUCUAAUCCUCCGUCCAGUCGCUCGGCCUCCACCGACCCCGCCGUAGCAGCACCUAAGCCCGCUCGCCCGACCUCCAUUUCCCUGAAGCCCUCGUUCUCUCUCGGGCUUCCGAAGGCUUCCUCCGAUCCCCGCCCGAUCUCCGUUUCGCGGCCUGCGGCGGCGGCGGCGGCGGCGGGAAGGGUCGAGGUGCUCACGGGGCGGGACCUGCUGUUCGGCGGGUGGCUCGGCUGCGGCCGGACGGCAGGGAUGCUCGGCAUGCUCUUCUCUGCCGUUGGGAACUGCAUGCGGACGGUGGAACCGGCGCAGCGUAACCUCAUCGAUGAACCGGAGCUGGUGCACGAAGCGCGGGAGGACAUGUCGCCCGGUUCCCCCCCCUCUCAAAGGAGCGGCGGAAUGGCACGGGAGAAGCAGGUAAGCCGCGCCCCGAGGCCCGAGCUCGACAACGCGCGGCAGGAGCGGGAGGCGUGGCUUAGAAACCGAGACGAGGAUAUAUGCAUCAUUGAGGAAUACUGCGACGCGGAGGAGGAGCUGCCCCAGCACCCAACGCACUCUGUCCCCAGCGUCCACCUCCCCCACGACAACCCUCGCCGCGGGACCCAAAACAAUAAUAACAACAACAACAGCAGGACCAUCAACAACAAUACCGCCACUUCAAGGCUGGGGAAGUUCGCCUCGGCUGUGAAGGGCUCUGCCUCGCGGCGCCCCUUGGUGCUGCUCAUCGGGGAGUCGCUCAGGACCGCCCGGGCCAACAAACGCUCCAGGUCCUCCUCAGGUAGGUGCCGAGACGCCGCCGCCAGACGUUUACAGCAACAUCUCUGA